ACAGAGACGGUCCACUAUGAGGUGAAACUCAGAGGAGGUUUGAAACUGAGACGGACUGUGAAUCCAUCUGCUCAGAAAGUCCCUGACGGGACGCCGCAGUGGUGAGACCCAGCGAGGAAACCAGACCGCUGCUUUCACAACACAGAGACUUGCAAGGAGACGGAACGAUCCGAUCCCAGUGGCGAUGACCCAGUAGGCCUACCACGCCACCCUCCUCAGCAGUCAGCACAUUACACUUGUUGUUACAGUAGGCGGAGGAGAAUGGCCGACCGCAGGUACUUCCUCUCGCGUGAAUCAUUAUUGUAAAAAGUCAUAAAAACUCCAACAGAAACCAAAACUGAGACGAAAGCACUGAAUAAAUACUGCCGCGCAACAUGUCGAUGCACAGACAACACGCCGCUGCACAGACAACAAGCAACACAAGAUGACUGCUUGGAUCCAGACCCUCCUCAUGCUGGCCCUCCUGGCUCCGGUCUACGGGGGCCCCCACGGCCCCCAGGAGGGGGGGUACAGGAACUCCCUCCACCUCACAAGACUCGCCAGGACCAGAGUCAGCCAGCUGCUGAGGACCUUUAAGCAGCAGCAGCUGGGAGACGCGCACUUUGAAGACAGGAGCCUCCAUCUGAACGACCUCCCGACCCUCUCAACCGACCUCCACCGAUGGCUGAGCCUCGAGGAGCGGGAGCGUCUCAGUGAGGCCUCCGACAGCCUCCAGAUCUACUGGGGCGUGCUGCAGGGGAUGAGGGAGCAGAUCCUGGCGGAGAACCAUCACCCAGGGACCCCCCAGGGGGGCAGGACCGCCCUGAGCCUCCCGAACAGCCUCCACCAUGUCCAGCUGGACCUCAGAGACCUGAUGAGACGACUCCAGACCCUGCUGGAGAGCGCGAGCCGCAGUGAGGAGGACCGGGCCCCCGCCGACUCCCACAGCGUCCCCCGGCCCCCCCCCGUCCGUCGCCGUGGCGGCCGGACGGCGUGGUUGAGGCGCCUGGAGGUGUACGUGGUCCUGAGGGACCUGGACCUCUACCUCACCAAGACGGCCCGCGAUCUGCUGCUGCUGGAGGCCCGGCGCCAUGGCUCCCUGCUGGGCGUCCCCGCCCUGCACUAAGAACACCCCCCCCCCCCACCCGACGGUCCACACCGCGGGGGUUCAGUGUGCAGUGGGUUCAGUGUGCAGUGGGUUCAGUGUGCAGUGGGUUCAGUGUGCAGUGGGUUCAGUGUGCAGUGGGUUCAGUGUGCAGUGGGUUCAGUGUGCAGUGGGUUCAGUGUGCAGUGGGUUCAGUGUGUCAGGUGUUUGGUAGCUUUAGAUUGUUUAGUGUGUUUACUAGUGCUAGGAGUUUAGUUUUAAGUGUUUAGUGUUCAGUGUUUAGUGUUCAGUAUGUUCACUGUUUAGUGUUCAGUCUUCAGUGUUUAGUAUGUUUAGUAUUCAGUGUUUAGUGUUCAGUCUUCAGUAUGUUCAGUGUUUAGUAUUCAGUGUUUAGUAUGUUUAGUAUGUUCACUGUUUAGUGUUCAGUCUUCAGUGUUUAGUAUGUUCAGUAUGUUCAGUGUUUAGUGUUCAGUGUUCAGUGUUUAGUGUUUAGUGUUUAGUAUGUUCAGUAUUAAGUGUUUAGUGUUCAGUAUUCAGUGUUUAGUGUUUAGUGUUCAGUCCUCAGUGUUUAGUAUGUUCAGUGUUAAGUGUUUAGUAUUCAGUGUUUAGUGUUUAGUGUUCAGUGUUCAGUAUGUUCAGUGUUAAGUGUUUAGCGUUUAGUAUUCAGUGUUUAGUGUUUACUGGAUCUCGAUCUCAUCAUCCUGAGCCCAACAUCAGCUUUUUACACAAGAAAAUAUAUUUAUUGACAUAUUUAUUACUGAAUAUUUAUUUAUAGGAAUUUGUAUUUUAUUUGACUGAAUUAAUGUAUAAGUUGUUUGGUGUGUUUUCAAUAAAGAGAGAGCCUCUUUGAUCGUUUUACUUCAUUUAA